GGGCGCGUAUAGCAAUUUGAGGUCCUUUAUUUUUGUCUUGGUAAUUGCUUGAAUUGUGCUUUUACCUCACGCUUUUCCACCAAUUCCUCCUCAAAACUCUCCUGUCUCUCUCUCUUCUCCAACUCAUUCAUUCAUAGGCCUCCAAAUUUAGAAAUUGAAGAAUUUCAUAUACAGAUACAGUGGUGUUUUCGCUUCACAGUCCCCUCCACAGCUCAACUCCGGCAACUUAUUUGAGAAAUUUCAUAAACAUAAAAUCGCCGAUAAGUGACUAUAUCUUGUUUCUAGCUCCUUAAUUAUUAUUAAUUUCUAAGUAGUGAGUAUAUAUCUGUUGAAUAUCACUCCGAUCCCUUUUUUUGUUUGAAGAUUGACCAGAUCAUUCCCAUUGAUCUUUGGAUUUUUGAGGGCUUGACUUGCAAUUUUGAAGUUGCUACGGAAAUAGAAGAUUCUGCUGUGCAGUGCGCACCACUCAAGUCUCAAGCUACCCAUUUCAUUUUGUAACCGAUGAAUCUCAGACUCUCAUCAGAUAUUGACCGCUGCUGCAUCUCAGUUUGUUGAAUCAAAAUUUUUGACCCUAUCAAAGCAAAGCAAAGAAAAGACCGCCCAAGUUCACACACAAAUACACUUUAUAGAUAUAUACAUAUAUAUAUAAAGUGGUGAACGAAAGAAGAGAAAGGAAUUAGGCUGGCAAAUAAGUGGUGGGAGAAAAUAGAUGUGGCGAUGGCGGGCUACAAUGAGUCAUUGUCUACAACCUCAGCCCCAACUGCUUCUCGCUACGUCCACCAGCUCUUCCACCCUGACCUCCACCUCCAAGUCCAUCAACAACAACAACUACACCACCAUCAUCAACAACAACAGUCCGAUGAUUCCCACCACCAAGACGACCAAGAUCACAACAAUAACAAGAUAAUCGAAUCCUCCGACACCGCCGCCACCAGUUCCGGCGGCGGAGGCGACGGAGAUGGUGGAAGUGGUAGUGGGGGUCCCACACGCCGCCCCAGAGGCCGCCCUGCAGGCUCCAAGAACAAACCCAAGCCCCCAAUCAUCGUCACGCGCGACACCCCCAACGCCCUCCGCUCGCACGUGCUGGAAAUCUCCGCUGGCGCAGACAUCAUGGAAAGCGUCUCCAUCUACGCCAGGCGGAGGGGGAGAGGCGUGUGCGUGCUGAGCGGCAGCGGCACCGUCGCCAAUGUCACGCUUCGUCAGCCUGCGGGGAGCGUGGUCACUCUUCACGGACGCUUCGAGAUACUUUCGCUGUCCGGGACGGUGCUUCCUCCUCCGGCUCCUCCAGGUGCGGGGGGACUGUCCAUAUUCUUGGCGGGCGUGCAGGGACAAGUCGUUGGGGGUUGCGUGGUGGGCCCGCUGUUGGCUUCCGGUCCAGUGGUUUUGAUGGCUGCUUCGUUUGGAAAUGCUGUGUUUGAGAGAUUGCCAUUGGAUGAUCCGGAAGAGGGUACUCCUACUGGUGGUAAUGGUGGCGGUGGAGGCUUGCAAGUGCAACAACCUACGGCUUCGCAAUCUUCGGGGGUGACUGGCGGCCUUGGUGAAGGUACUGGGGGAAAUAGCGGCGGCGGUGCUGGCCUUUUCAAUCUGGGAGGGAAUAUGGCUGCUAACUAUCCGUUUUCGGGUCCUGAUUUGUUCGGGUGGGGUGGGGGAAGUACUCCGCGGCCUCCGUUUUAGUAGUUACUUGUGAUUCUGAUUUUGAGUAUGGUUUCCAUGACAUGGGGGUGUUGAUGCUACUGCUAGCUAGCUCGUGUGAAUCAAGCAACUACUUUUCUCAGAUUUCUGAAGAGGUGAUGAAAUUAAGGAAGGUAGCUUGCUAAUUUGGUUGUCUGAAUGUGAUAAAAUUAAGGAUUAGCAGUCAUCACAUGAACAUUAAUUGAAGAGAUUUCUUCAGUCAGUGGCUUCAAUGGGAACAAAGUAUAUAUAUUUACAAUGGAAGAAGAAUGAUGAAGGCUUGGUGUGUUGAGUAGGAAAAAAAUAAGCAACAGUUAAGGAUAUAGUAGAGACUUUGCAAGGUCAGUAAGUUAUAAUAUUUAUAAAUGGAUGGUGUUCUUUCCCAUCUUCUUUCUUCAAUAUCCUUUGAAUAUGUCUCUCUCUCUUAUAAUUAUAGCAGCUAUGCUAGUUGUAGUGUGAUGAUGCACAUUUCUAGGGUUUAUAUAUUAAUGUCUCUCAUGUUUCUCUAGAUCUGUCCAUCUUCUCCGGCAACAGUAAUAUAUCCAACAUUAUGUUAUGUGUUUUUGUUCAUUUCUAGGAUUGAAUUAAUAAACUAUGCGUUUCAGU